CCAGAAUGAAAAUCGACUGCAUUAUCCAAUUCUUUUUGCUCAUCAGACCCCUUUGGUGCCCAUCAGCUCUGUGAGGACAUCUACGGGAUUUUAGAUGUCACGUUUUCAAGACGAAUGCAAGACUUUCGUGUUACAUAAAGCAGUUCCAUUGCAUAAAUUGUGGAUACUAUAUAACCUGCUACAGUUUCUUUGUACUUCAUACCAAACACUCAACAGAACAAGAAACGAUCCAAGAUGAUUGCCUUCUUCGCAUUAGCCGUGUUAGUACAGAGUGCAUUUGGAGGAAACCUGGUGGAAGUUUUACAAAACAACGGGGAGACAACUCUCAUUGCACUAGUACAACAAGCAGGACUGGCUGAUGCCCUGUUGGGAGGAGAAUUCACCAUUUUUGCCCCAACAAACGCCGCUUUCUCCAAACUUCCCCAGUCCACACUUGAUAGUCUUCAGAAGGAUACGACAGCUUUGGCCAACAUUCUGAAAUAUCACGUGGUUAAAGGGUCUAUCCACAAGGCCGAUGCUUCUAACGAGCUUCAGUUGGAGACACUAGCUGGAACCAAGAUUAGAUUCAACAUAUAUUCUCAUAACAAAGCCGUGACUGUUGAAGGGUCUAGAAUCACUCAUUUUGAUUUAACCGCCUCCAACGGUAUGGUACACGUGAUCGACACCGUGAUGAUGCCUCCACAAGGAAGUAUCGUGGAUCUGGUGGCAGGCAACAGUGACCUCAGCACUCUCCUGUCCAAGGUCCAGUCAGCCGGACUGGCCGGAGCUCUUCAAGGGGAUGCUUUGACAGUAUUCGCUCCAACAAACGCAGCUUUCGCUAGACUUGGAAGUCAUGUUUUGGAUAACCUAAGAAGAAAUCCUCAACUUCUCAAAGAAAUUUUGGAAUAUCACGUCGUUCCUCACACUGAAUACUCAGCUGGUCUUUACAACCGCGAAUAUCUCAGAACUCUCGAUACUCAUCAUGACGUCAUCCGACUAAGUGUCAGCAGUGCUGGUGGAGUAACUGUCAAUCGCAAUUCACACGUCACGAAGGCUGAUAUCAGCGCCACCAAUGGGGUAGUGCACAUCAUAGACCACGUUCUGAUUCCUGGCCGUUAUUUAUUUUCCGCUAUUCUUGGUAGAAAGUAAUCAUCUGAACAAAAUUCAUUAUCAUUUGUGAC